CGCUGCACACACCGCCGGCCGGAGUAGCUUUGGAAAAUUGGAAAACUGCUCCGCUCCGGCACGCCACAGAAGUUGCCCGUCGUCGUCCCAAGCUCUCCUCAGCGGCAGCAGAAGCACAGCUGAGCCGUGAGAGACCGCCGCGCGUUUUUGAGUGGAGCACAGAGCACAAGCAAGCCGGAAAGUCUCUGCCCGUAGCAGCAGAAGCUGAAGCAGCGGCAGCGAGCAGAGAAACAGAACAGAACAGAGCACAGAAAACGGCAGAAGGCAGAGAAACGGCAAAAGCUAAAAACAGAGCUCCAACGGCCGCCACACGCACCACAUCCACCGGGCAGCGCACGGAUGCAGCACCCCCACACUACACAAGCCAUAUGUAGCACCUCCCCGAGCAACAACUACAAUUCCGACAAGAAUCACAAAAAGAACAGAACGAGCCAUGUGCUGUGCGUGAAUGAACAACAACGACGAAGGCAGACAGCGAGAGAGAGAGUGUGGCAGGCAGGCAACGGGACGGGGCGGCAAUUUCCGUUGACUUUUAGAAUGUAUUAAAUUUAAACGUUUAACUAGAAUAACAAAUUUAGUUGUUGAUACUUUUACCAAUUGUUUGUUGAGCGGCGCGACAGACGCGGGCAGCCAAGUGAAAAUCCGAAUCGAAUCCGUAUAUAUCCGUGACACCGUGCGACCGUGAAUCCCUUCCACGGACUUCAAAUCAAAUCAAAUUUGUUUGUGAUUAAAUUGCAUUUCUAGAAGAACACACAACCACACCACACCACACCCAUAGCCCACACUAGUGUGUACUUUACACACACACACAGACGCACUCGAGCAGCAAACGGCACGCAACGAAAAGCAACGGUUUUAAGCAGACCAAACGGCGAUUCUAUGAAGAUGGAAGUGCUCUCAGUACAAAAUCACAUUCAGGGAAAAUUCGGUGUUAAUAAAAUCAAAGCAGACUGGCCGAGUUCGGGCGUUGCAUCCACCGCGCCGCAUCCGCUGGAGGAGGAGGAGAACGAGGCAGACGUCGACGCCGCACUGGACGCAGACGUUGUGGACGGGCAUCCAGCUUCCGUGCUGCACAUGCGACAGCACCAAGCGCUCAAUACGCGGCCAACGGUGCCGAUGGCACCCCCGGUGACCGGCUCUGGCAAGCAGUCCGCGGUGGCAGCCAGCUUCGACGUGGUCAACGGCAGCUCCGCUGCCUACCACCACGCUUACAUGACCAACGUGCUGGCCAGUACCGCCCACCACCCUGGGCAUGGCCACGGACCCGGGCCCAGCCCCAUGCCGGCUUCGCCACUGCAGUCGACGGCUGGCGCUCGCUUCGGAGCCGCCGACAACAUGGACGACGUGAGCGCCAGCGCCGUGCGGGACCUGUCGCAGCAGCUGCAGUUCCAGCUGAGGGAUGCCAAGCAGCGCCACCUGGCCUGCACUGAGGUGAACUUGCCCGCUGAUCUCACGGAGCGCAUCGCCGCCGAGGUCAUCCGAAUGUCGGACCGGGAGCCGUGUGGCGAGCGCGCCUGCACGCUCUUCAUCGAGUUCGAGAGCGAGCCGAACAAUGUCAGGCGCAUCGCCUCGUUCAAAGUGGACCCAGACACUGUGUCGAUUUUCGAGCUGUACUUGACAUUGAAGCAGGACAAGAGCGGCUGGACCUCGAAGCUGCCGCAGUUUCUCAAAAAUCUCACCCGUAGCAACACCAUCAACAUCAGUCCGGACUUCACACUGACCAAGAACAAGCUAUACUCAUCCGAGUGAGGCCCUGGCCGGGACAUGGACGGGGACGUGGGUGUGGAUGUGGAUGUGGACACAGAGGCGCUACUUAAUACUCAAUCCCUCCGAACAACAGUAAUAGCAUCAGCAGCAGCAGCCGAAAAGCCGUAGUAGCAGCACUGGCCCCCACAUCCACACACACACUCGCGUCCACGUCCCUGGGCCUUGUUCCCGCUGGGAACGGGAACGCGAACGUGCGGGUGCGUUCCAUCAAAGAUCUUCAUCCUGUAACCAGGAAACGUUUAACCGUAGAGGCAACAACUUUGGACCACAACUAUCAACCAAUCAACCAAUCCUGCAAGCAACAAAUCAACAAACAAACAACUCAACUCUAACCAACAAUUAUUUUGAAAACCUCCUCUAGAGGAAGAAAACCCAACAAACAAACAAACAAAUCAACUGCAGUUGCAGGCAACUCAAAACUCUUAUUGGACUGACUUUUGGCUUAAAAAAAAAAAGUUACUUUUUGGAAAAUAUAAAUCGAAAAUUUAUAAAAAGAGGAGGAACGGCUCCGCAUUGAAGGCGGACGGGCGACACACACAAACCAUAAGAAAUAUUCAAAAUAUUGUAAAAUGUUAAUUGUCAGACUCGGACGAGCGACAGAGAGAACUUCACUCAGUGAGCGGUUGUCGGGGACCCGUUUCGAGCGUAAGGGCAAAAUUCCCCCACACGUAGACGGAUCAUGGAGUUAUUAGUGUACGGAUGUGUGUACAUCAUUGCAUGAUUUUCAUCGUAUGCCCGUAUAUAGAUAGUACACUGAUAAACUCCAGAUCUUUAUAAACCAGAAUGAGAGAAAACAAUAAGCAGCAGUAGAGCUCUGCGGCGAGGAGGGGCAGAGGAAGUAAUGCAUAAUAACAAAUGAAGAAUAAAAAAAAAACAAAGUUGAUGUGAUAUUAUAUAAUAAUUAUGAAUAUUGAGAAACGCAUACAAACACACGAACAUUAAACAUGAACCCAAACAAACACGUACACACAGAAACCAGCUAGAGAUUCGGAAAUCAUAGUUCGGAGAGUAUUACAGACAAGUAUCCAUCCGCUGGACGCCCAAGAGCAGAUCCCGGAUAAAGAGAGAGACAAAACAAAACAAAAAAAAACAAACCAAGUAAAAUCCAAACCAACAAUAGAACCAACUGGAAUUCUCAAAAAUAUUUCCACCAAUUACGAUUAAUCUUUGUAUUAUUAUUUUAAUCAAUACUAUAAUAAUUUUGUUUGCGCGCAGAGUUACAAACUUUGCUAUAGAGAUCGCAGCCCCCAUAGAGGGGCUGCGCAUAUAACAAAUAUACAUAUAUAUAGAUAUAUAUAUAUGAAAGAUACAAUAUUUCUAAUAUUCGAUGUGUUUCUAGAGUAAGGUUUUAAUAUUAAACAAGCAAAGGCGAAAAUCCAGCAGAAAAUUCAUUCAAUGUGCGUAGCUGUGUGUUUAUCCGUAGUAUCUGUAGUUAAUAAACCAAUUGCAACAACACAAUGAAGCGACGAUCAUCAGCAUCGGUUCAAAACAACAACACCCAGAUAUUAACCUGUAUACAUGUAUGGAUAACUUUCGGCUAGAUAGUUUGGCAAACGAAUUGUUUUUGGAUUACAAGAUCGAAGCAAUGAAAUUAUUUAUAAAAAAAAAAACAAAACAAAAAAAUUAUUGAAAACUAAAAUGGGUAACUAAAGUGGAAAAGGAAAAUGAAAUGGAGAAGAAGAAGAGGAAAACUUUCGGAAAAUAUAAAGUCAUCUGUGUUAAUAAAUUUUAAAAUAAUUUUUAGCGUAGAAUAACGAAAAAACAAGUGAAAAUCGAAAAAAUCGGAGCAAAAUUCAUCUGUAAUCUGUAAUAUCUGAACAAAAACAAAAUCUUGAUGUUGCACGAAAUCAAACAGAUCCCCAGUAUUCGACAAAUGUAAUUGUAGUUUUUACUCAACCCACAAAACAUAACACUAAAACAUGAACACAGACGCACGCAAGAAAAAACAAAACAAAAAAAAAAAAUAGCAAACGAGAAUUUACGAAUAGCUUAAAACUUAAUCCAUCAAAUCCAUCAAUAAUUAUCAAUCAAUCCCACAAAGAUCUCGAUAGCAAG